AUGGCCAGUGCGCAUAAAUGCGAAUGGCAGUCGUUGCCUGAGAGCGAAAAUUUCCAGGCUCGGGCCAUGACGCGUGUGAAAGAAGUUCUACAAGGCGGCGGCAUUCAGGCAUUGCAGGCUGUACUCCUCCUUUGCCAGUAUCGAAUGACCAGCUCCGCCGAAGAGACAUCUGCCAGCCUUUGGCAUAUGGUUGGGAUUGCGGCUCGAAUGUGUUUUGAAAUGGGACUGCAUAGAAACCAGACAUACUAUACCCCAGCCGGACUCGCCGUCAACAACGAGCUAUUGGCCGAGAGUGAGACUCGCCGUCGAUGCUUUUGGUCAGUUGUCGAUAUGGAUAGGGUUGUCAGCAUCACACUCGGCCGACCGCUAGCCAUCCAUGUCGAGGAUGUGGAUACUACCCUCCCAGAGCCACAUGUCGACGAAUCAAGCGAAACAGGCCUUGAAAUGUGCAGUAAUGCACCAUCACCAACAGCAAUUUUCAGCCAUAUCACAUGGUACCGAAUACUAAGUGGCAAGGUGAUGGAAUCGUUACAUAGUCCACGCGGACAAGGUCACGACGAAGAAUUUAUUGCUACAACACGCCUGAAGUUGACCGAGGAGCUAGAGCAAUGGCGAGCACAGACACAAAGCCUAUCACUAAUAGCCGAUACUCACAAAACGCGCCAAUCAAGCUACUUAUCGUCUGAAUGGUACGAGCUACUCUACUACAACACACUGCUGAUGAUCUAUCGACCGUCCCCUGCACUGUCUAACGUUUCACCACGAGCUCCUACGGCCCUUCAGCCAAUAUUUAAUGCCUCAAAGGAAGCCAUUUCAAGAUACGCAAUGCUACAUACAUCCCAGCGCAUAAACUACACCUGGAUUACACUGCAUGCGGUCUUCAUGGCUGGGCUCUCAUAUAUAUACGCCGUGAGCCGCCAUUUUCGGGCUCGACGAGCAGAGCCAAACACGUCUGUUACCGAUGACACCCUUGCCACCGAUCCGACUAUCCUCGAGGUGGUAAAUACCUGUCGAUCUUGCUCGAUCGUCUUGGUAGCCGUAUCUGAGCGGUGGGCCACGCCACGCCACUGUCACAAAGUCUUCGAUCGCCUGGGCGAUGCCGUCCUCGCGGAUGUCAUUCCUUUCUACACAAAGCCAAAAACUGCUGUACCAUCGUCAGCUGCCCAUUCAUGUGCCCCAGUGGUCGCACUUGGCGAGCCUCAGCCAGAUAUUCAACCUCCUAUGUUCGAUCCCAGUGCUUCGAUGGCACCAAUUCAUACCUCAGCUGCUUUCUCGCUGGGCGUAGACACCGUCCUUCGUGACUGCUUUGAGGACUUGCAGCACUUCCAUGAUGCACAUGGUGGGGAUGGUCCAAUCCGACAACUCUCCCAGGACUGGCUACAUGAGAUUGGGGGCAUGGCCUUGGAGGCUGUACAUCUGUGGGGAGAGUGA